AUGGCGGGCGGCUCGCGCUGGCCACAGUACGACCCGGCCAGCUCCGCGCGCCUCUGGCCGCACCAGGCGCCCGACUCGGACCGCAUCACCGAGCAGCUCAUGUUUGUCCCACCGCCCUCCGACGAGCCGCCCCGGAUACGCAAGGUGCUGGUGUACAAUGGACUGGGGUCGUGGUCACCGCUGCGCGCUGGUCGCGACGCGUUCCAACACUGCCCUGUCAGCAGCUGCACCAUCACCACCAACAAAGCUGAAGCCUCGGACGCAGACGCCAUCCUCUUCAAAGACCACUUCGUCAACCCAGGCGUCCAUCGCCCCGCCAGGCAGGUGUGGAUCCUGUACUUCUUGGAGUGCCCGUACCACACGCAGCACGUGAAGCACAACGACGUGUUCAACUGGACGGCGACGUACCGGCGCGACAGCGACAUCGUGGCGCCGUACGAGCGCUGGGCCUACUACGACGACCGCGUGCGCCAGAAACCGCAGGCCGACUUCAACUACGCCGCCAACAAGACCAAGAAGGUCGCUUGGUUCGUCUCCAACUGUGGGGCUCGCAACAAGAGGCUGCAGUACGCGCACGAGCUGCAGAAGCACAUCCAGGUCGACAUCUACGGCGCGUGCGGGACCAAGAAGUGCCCGCGCUCCAAUGCCAACAAAUGUCUCGAAAUGCUCGACAGGGACUACAAAUUCUACUUGGCAUUCGAGAACUCGAACUGUAAAGACUACAUUACGGAAAAGUUCUACGUCAAUGGACUUAUGAGGAAUGUUCUGCCUGUAGUUAUGGGAGCAAGACCUGAAGACUACGCACGAAAUGCUCCAGAGCGUUCCUACAUCCAUGUUGAUGAAUUUGCCUCCGCUAAAGAACUGGCAGCAUACUUACAUCAACUUGACACAGAUGAUGAGCUGUAUAAUUCUUAUUUUCGUUGGAAGGGCACUGGAGAGUUCAUUAACACAUACUUCUUCUGUCGUCUUUGUGCACUCCUUCAUGAUGAUUUCCCAGCCAAAGCAUAUCGUGAUAUAAAUGAGUGGUGGCGAGGUCCAGGAACUUGUACUAGUGGAUCUUGGCGAAAGGUUACUCAUGAAUAAUGAAAUUUGAGAAAAGAUGCUGAUUUAAAAGAGAAUCAGUUUCAUAUUACUAGCUGAUAACAUGUUUCCAUGUUAAGUAUUAUACCACUACAACAUGCUGCAAAAUGUGGCUGUCACCUGCAUCUUGUAAGAUAGAUAGUCAUAUCAUUCUGGAGAGAAUAAUGAUAAUUAACCUGAGAAAAUAACAUGUACAUAUUGUACAAAUAAACAGCAGACAGAGAAUGAGCUAUUUAAUGUCUAAUAGGGUUAGGUCAGCUAUGGUGAAUGAAAUGGUUUCUUAUCUAAUGUAUGUGCACCUAUAUUAUAUUCAAUUUCUUUGAAAUUUGGCUUCACAGUGAGGGUGAACAAUACAGAUUUCAUUCCAGUAUAUCAGUGCAUUCCAUUCAGUUUAAUCUCUCUUGCAGUCAAAUUAGGAGAAAGCUUCAAUAAAACACAGAAAUUUUUUUAUCCAUACUAUAAUCAUGAAAAAGAUGGUACAGCACUUUAAAAUUACACAAAAAUAAUAUUGAAGAGUAUAGGGGCAUGGAAAUGAGAAGAAAAAGUCACUCAUAACUUUAUGUCCAACAGACACACACUCUACAUGGUACAGGAUGUAUAGUGCCAUCAGUGGAACAUCAGCACAAGAGGUGCAGAGUACUGAUUAGAUGUCAAAGUACUGUUAAAAUUGGAGAUGAUUAAUAGUUGGCUUAUUGCCAAUGGCUGUCUGAGAAGGGA